UCCGGGCUCCUUCCGCCCCGCCGGCAGUGCCGCCAUGGUGGGCCCGGGCGGCGGCGCGCCGCUGGAGAACGCGAAUCCGCUCAUCUACCGCCGCUCGGGGGAGCGGCCCGUGACGGCGCAGGAGGAGGACGACGAGCUGCCCGACUCCAUCGACGACCGGGAGAUCUUCGAUCUCAUCCGCUCUAUAAAUGAUCCCGAGCACCCGCUCACCCUGGAGGAGCUGAAUGUUGUCGAACAAGUUCGAGUUAAAGUGAACGAUGCCGAGAGCACCGUGGCAGUGGAGUUCACACCCACGAUCCCGCACUGCAGCAUGGCGACGCUAAUUGGCCUGUCCAUAAAAGUGAAACUGAUCAGAUCGCUGCCCGAGAGGUUUAAGAUGGAUGUUCAUAUAACACCAGGAACGCAUGCCUCUGAGCACGCAGUUAAUAAACAGCUUGCUGAUAAAGAACGUGUAGCAGCUGCUUUGGAAAACUCUCAUUUAUUGGAAGUGGUAAAUCAGUGUUUGUCUGCUCGAUCAUAAUUGCCUGAUCAGGAAACCAUUGGUAUUCUGCUAUGUUAAUUUUGUAUAUAAGUGGUGAUGUUAGUGUUACGUGAUUCUGUGAGCAAAAUAAAAUUACCUUAGAGAAGCGUUCCAUUACUUCUCCAAAAAAAAAAAAAAAAAGUAUGGAGAAAAUUAGCUUGCAGGUAGCUAUUAAAGAUAUAACAUAAAUUGGCUUUUUCUGUUUGUUAAUUAUUGCACUGGUAGGAUUUUUUUUUUUGAACUUUAAAAUAAUUGGUUGAACUUGUUUUUAACAGGCUUCUUACUCUCUAAAGACUAGUUAUAAACUACAUUUUAGAAUUGGAUUUUGCACACUGGGUUUCACAAGUAUACCAACCUAAAAAGCAGUUAAAAUCUUUAUACUAGUGAUUAUUUUGGACUAAUACAGUUUUUCCUUCAAAUGUCACGAUUUUUACAAAUUCCUGUGUAAAUUGUAAAACAUUUGCAGCAAUAAAUGUAAACAAUUCUAAAUCA